AUGAUCAUGAUGUGGAAUAUUAGAGGGGCAGCGAGCAAAAGUACCAUUCGCACCCUCAAAGAGUUGCAAAACCAAAAGAAACCUGACCUCACUAUUCUGGUAGAAACCAAAUGUAGCGGAAAUAAAGGAAGAGAGGUGAUUAAGGCAAUGGGAUUCAAUCAUGCCAUUGUCGAAGAAGCUGUCGGUUUCGUUGGAGGGAUCUGGAUCCUCUGGAAGAACGAUGAUCUCAAAAUCAAAGUUAUGUCAACGCACAAGCAAUUUGUGCAUAUGAAAAUUGAAAACAAUCAGCGGAGGACAUGGAGCCUUAUGGCUGUGUAUGCAAGUCCACAGGAAGCACAAAGAAAAGAAAUGUGGGAGCUUUUGCACAACAUCUCAAGAAACAUGAACUUACCGUGGCUGAUGAUAGGUGAUUUCAAUGACAUCGCAGAGCAAAGUGAGAAGAAAGGAGGAGGGGGAAAUGAUGCCUAUGCGUGUAGACGUUUCAGAGGCUGGAUUGACAAAUGCAACCUCAUAGACGUAGGUUAUUCAGGAUCAAGAUUCACAUGGAAGGGGGGGAUAAGAGAAGGCCAAGAAAGAGUUUAUAAAAGGCUGGAUCGAGCUUUAUGCAACUCAGAGUGGCGAACAAAUUUUUCAAAUGCAUUUGUGGAGGUGCUGCCAAGAAUACAAUCAGACCAUCACCCUUUGUUGCUACACACAAGACCUGAACUUUAA